ACAGCCUGGACACUGCAUGGGACAGCAGACUGCACUCACACAGCUUUCACCUUAAUAUAGGAGCAGCCUGCAUUCUGGAACAGCAUCCACCCUGUCUAGUGAAGAAGCCUGUAUGCUGUAUGCUGUAUGCUGUAUUGAGGAGCAGCCAGCACUCUGCAUGGGACAGCAGCCUGCACUAUCAAACAGCUUUGACCCCAAUAUAGUAGCAGCCUGCACUGUAACAGAAUUCACUCUGUAUAGGGGAGCAGCCUGCACUGGGUGACAAAAUUCAUCCUGUAUAGGGGAGCAGCCUGCACUUGGAUACAGAAUUCGUCCUGUACAGGAGAGCAGCCUGCACUUGGACACAGAGUUCACCCUGUAAAGAGGAGCGGCCUGCACUUGGACACAUAACCAUAACUCACCCUAUAUAAAGGAGCCGCCUGCACUGGGUUACACAAUUCAUCCUAUACGGGGGAGCAGCCUGCACUUGGACACAGAGUUCACCCUACAUAGAUAAACAGCCUGCAGUGGGUUACAGAAUUCACUCUGUAUACGGAAGCAGCCUGCACUGGAUCCAGUUUGGACAAGUUAAUCUAAAUUGCAGAGAGAAUAGCAGACAUUCUAUCUCUGUAUUAAAUUCACCAUAGAACUGACCCAGGACUGUAAGACUGGAUACAAUAUUACUGUACAGAAAGGAGCGACAAGUCCUUCCCUUUACUGGGGAGUAGGAGAGGACAGUGAGCAGGGCUCAGGGGAAGUCUGUGCAGGGAAGCAGGCAGUAUAUAACAUCUGGAGAUCAGAGUGCUGGGGUUUCUCAUCCCUAUGGGGGGCUAUAUUUUUGGCAGGUGAAAGCCCAUCUGUUUUGGAAUUUGGGCCCCUCUUCCUGGGAUCCCUUUCUUCCAGGGGGGUCUGGGUAACUUCAGGCGAAUGCUCUCCAUAGUGUGCUAGACAGGCCCCCCCCCUCCAUUGAUCAAUAACCAGAAGAUAGAUUAUUAGGAUCUUUUUGCAACCAGUCAGGAUCUCACCCCAAAUCUCAGAGGACUUACCUCAACUGAGAUGGCCCUCAGAGGCUCCAGCAAUUUAACCCCUUUCUCCAUCCAGGCCAUCUUGAACAAGAAGGAGGAGAGAGCUGGGACUUACCCCAGGCUGGGGAGACUUGUUCCCACCAGCAGCCCCACUACCCCUUCCUGCUGCUGGAGACUCUUUGGAGAAGUGGACUCAGAAGGACUGGGGUCAUGUGGUGGGGCUCAGGGAGUGGGGGCAGGAGGGGAGCAGGCUGGCUGGGACUCAGACUCAGCUCUCAGUGAGGAAGGAGAGCCUGCAAGGCCUAGGGAGAGCUGCCUGCUGGAGGGUCCAGGGGGGAGGAAGAAGAAGAGGCCUCUGGAGGUCAGACCCAAAGAAGAAGAGGAAGAGGAGACCCCAGGCUGCAGUGACUGUGAGAUGUCAGCCAGUGUCUCAGACCCCAGCCCGCCAGAUGCAGACCCUAAGUGUGAGCAACUGAUGCUGGAGGCCCCCAAGCAGAGGAAGAAGCGCUCCCGGGCCGCCUUCUCCCAUGCCCAGGUCUUCGAGUUGGAGAGACGCUUUAACCACCAACGCUACCUGUCCGGGCCAGAGCGGGCUGACCUGGCCGCCUCCCUCAAGCUCACUGAGACACAGGUCAAAAUCUGGUUCCAGAACCGGCGCUAUAAGACCAAGCGCCGCCAGAUGGCAGCAGAGCUCUUGGCAACAGCCCCAGCGGCCAAGAAGGUGGCAGUCAAGGUGCUGGUGAGGGAUGACCAGAGACAAUACCAGCCUGGAGAAGUCCUCAGACCAUCCCUGGUGCCCCUUCAGCCCCCCUACUACUACCCCUAUUACUGUGCCCUGCCAGGCUGGACGCUCUCUGCAGCCGCUGCCGCAGCAGCUGCCUGUACUGGGGGGACCCCUUGAACUCUGAAAAUGGUAGGGUGGGGGGACUGGUACCCCAAAACCCAAUCAGCCAACAGAAAGUUAUUUAUUUCCCCUACGGUGUUCAAAAGAGAGUUGGGGGGAGAUAUUGCCCCCUAAACACACGGAGACCCAAAUGCAGGUCCUCAAAGCAAAACAGGAAGGAAAAUGCCUUGAAAGUGACAAGCAUGUAACUGUGCAGGCAGCAGGCUGUGUUCAUGGUAUCCAUGUAUUGUCUAAUGCUGUAUAGGUUUUAUAUAAUAUAGUUACAUUAUAUAUUUUUUGAGGUUUUACUUUUACUCCAUGGUUAUUGGACAAGUGAGGGUCCUUAGGAGGCAUCUGCAGAGGUCAUUAUUCAGAAGAUUCUUUAACUUGGAACUUUGGUGAUUUCCAAUGGACUUGUUGUGGUCAGUUUGGAACAUUUAAACUAUGUCUGUAAAAAGUCACUCCAUGACCAAGGGACUGAGCACCCCAUGCCAAUCCUUCAUCUUAAAUCACACAAAGGACCCAGUAUGGAAAAUCCAUACAUUGGAAAUAUAAAUCUGUGUUAUGGACGUUCUAGCACUUUUCCUGACAUAAUAUUGUACUUUUUCUUCAUAUGCAAUGUGAAUAUUUCCUAACAUACCUAUAUGGAUUUCAGGAUGGUCUAAUGCAGGGGUGCCCAAAAGGUAGAUCCCCAGAUGUUGUAGAACUACAACUCCCUUGAUGCUUUGCAUACCUUUAGAAUUCCUUUACGAUGACAAAGCAUCAUGGAAGCUGUGGUUUUAAAGCAUCUGGGGAUCUACCUAUUGGGCACCCCUGGUCUAGUGCCUUUUUCAGAAACCCAAACAAUCACUUUAAAGCUUCUUUCGAUUGCUUAUUAAUAAAUCAUGUCUUCUUUCUAUAACCCGGAUCAUUCUAUCUUACAUUUCACAUGAAUCAGGCACUGUGCACUCAGCUAGAUUAUUUACAAACGGAAUUGUGAAUAUUUUUAAUUUACUGUACUUUUUUUUAAUUUAUAAACUACACUU